GCAGUGCGCUGUCCAAACAACGAUCCAGGCCAUCCUUGGGUUCCAGACUUUCAAGUGUCUCGAGCAACGUUCAAACUCAAUCAGACUUCUCUCCUGAUAUCUCUGAAUAUUCUCACCUUAUCGAUGUAGCACCGUACAUAUAUACCAUGCUUUGCGUCGGUGAUAUGGCCAGUCCUGCCUGCCAUGUCCUCUGUCACAGGCCCAUCUCGUCCGACCGCUCCGAAUCCAUUCGAGGCUGUCGUACGAGGUCAGGAGUUCAGGCGCAGUGCCGAAUACGACAAUACUAUUGCACGAGCCAACAUCGAUGAGAUCAAUGCACUGCGCGGUAGAUGGUGGGGAGACCCGGACGACGACAGGCCUCUAUCAGACCGAGAGUUGGCAUUCAAGCUCGCUGCAGAGGAAGCGUUGAGUUUCGCAACGACUCAGAAGGAUCGUGCUCUAGCCGUCAGGCUAAGUACUAUCGAUAUCGAGGAUGACGAUGUCGAGGAUGAUGAUUUCGAUGUCGCUGCACUGCUCGCAACCCAAGACGUAGCAGUUGAUCAAAAUCGAGCUGGGCCGAACGUCCGAACUCGGGCCUCUGGUGCCCAUUCGCUUGACUACAUUCGUACCCCAAGAUCCCCAAAUGCCACCGCGCCAAACUCAUCUAGUAUAGCGCAGAGAGAAUCCGUGCCACCUGUAGCGCGCGCCCGCCCUACUGGCCACAACUGUGUGAUAUGCACAGAUCCGAUCUACGGCAUAGAGAUCCGUGCCCAUUGUGGAGAUUAUUAUGACAAGGCCUGUAUGCUGGAGCUGUUCGAAGCCGCGACCAAAGACGAGUCCCUGUUCCCGCCGCGCUGCUGCAGACAGGAGAUAAUGCUUGCAGACGUGUCGCCAUACAUGACUUCCGACCUGCUGAGGCGGUUCAACGAGAAGAUGAAGGAGUUCAGUACCCUCAAGCGCGUGUAUUGUGCAAACCCCUCCUGCAGCCGCUUCCUCGGAGAACAGAUCGAGAGUUCCUUCUGGUAUUUCUUCACGCCGACGUACAAAUGUCCUGAGUCCGGAUGCGGCACUCAGACCUGCACCCGCUGCAAGGCAAAGUUCACACGGAUGCACUCCUGCAAUAACGACGAGAAAGAUCGCGAAGUCCUGGAUCUCGGAAGGACGGAAGGCUGGGCACGCUGUCCAGGCUGCGAGCAGCUGAUCGAGCUCAACCACGGCUGCUUCCACAUGACAUGCAGGUGCAAGACCGAGUUCUGCUACGUCUGCAGAGCAAAGUGGAAGACCUGCGGAUGCCCCCAGUGGGAUGAACGACGGCUGUUGGCUGCAGCUGAAGCUCGCGCGGACGCUGAACUCGGCAUUGCUGCAGUCCCACCUCGUCCUGCCCCUCCGCGACCGCACGCCGCUCGUGCAGCUGCUCCCCUUCCAGUCCCACCUCGUCGCGCAGCUGCUCCCCCUCCAGUCCCUCCACCCGCCCGACCCGCUCGCCCUGAUCCCGAACAAGCUCGCCGUGCAUUUGCUGCUCGCUUCGUCCCGGCUGGCCAUGCACCUGCUGCACCUCCUGUGCCCGUUCCCGUUGUUCGUCCUGCUCCGGUUCCUCUUGCGAAUACAGUGACUGCCACACCUCGCGCUACAAACGUCCGAGCAACAGCUCAUGCGGUCCCUCGCGCACAGCCAGCCGUCAUCGCCAACCCCAUCGUCGAGGAAACAGGACAUCGUGCGCAACGUGUGCAAGAGCAUAACCUUGCUGUCGUAGAUUGGCUCAGUGCACUGAGAACAGCUCGUCCCGUCCGGCGGACUGCAACUCAGAUAUCCGGCACAAGCAGCACAGUUUCUACCGAAGCACACCUCACUACAAACGUUGCCAGUAGCACGGCAAGCAGAGCUGCUGUCGUGUACAGCGCACUCACGCCGCGAUCUGUACUGACUCGAAGACAAUCCAUACCGAGCCCUCAAGUUGAACGCACCGUGCCAAUUGCGUCGACUUCCUCGACCGCUGCCAAAGCAACAAACAGGCCGACCUCCGGUAUUGCUGACCGUGAAUCUACCAAACUACGUAAGCAGCCUCCUACUCAAUUAGCAACGUUGUCCACUAUGAAGAAAACCGAUGCCACAAGAAGGGAGACCCUCGUCAGAGUGUGGAUGGACCGCCUACGCGUCGACCACGAUUGUCAUCAUGAGGGCUGGAAAUACCGUCGCGGAGGAGGGCGAUGUGAAUCAUGCCAUCACGAUCUCCCGUUCUAUCUCUUCCAAUGCAACGGAUGUGCCAUGCUUGCUUGCAAUCGCUGUCGAAGGAAUCGUCUGUGAGGAACGGGGCAAUGAAGAGUGCGAUGAUGAUUAUGUGUACCAGAAUGAUAUGCCGGGAAAAUACAGUGUACCUAACGAUCAAUCGAUCACCGUUCUGUCACUUCUCAAUGCCACAGUAUACGGUGCGACAGCAUGCGCAUCUCAAAUGAUGUCAUCAUAAAACAGGUAGUCCCAACGCGGGAUUACAAAGGUGACAACUGCUGAACAAGCAGCGAGUAAUGCCGACAGCAGUUUUUCACAACCUCCAGCAGCAACUCGCCCAGAACACUCCCAGGGUACCACUUAGAAAGUCGAGGGUCUGUGGGCGACAAAUGUCGAGCGAACCUUCGACACACGGUGAGGAAGAGGGAACUUGAG